AUGGAAAACCACACAAUGGUUACACAAUUCAUUUUAGAGGGUUUCCAAGGCAAUAUGGAACUACAGCUGGCUCUCUCUAUUCUCUUCCUGCUGUUGUAUGUCAUUACCUUAAUAGGAAAUAUUGGAAUGAUAACCAUCAUCACUACUGAUGGCCAACUGCAAAGUCCUAUGUACUUUUUCUUGAAAAACUUAUCCUUCUUGGAUGUCUGCUACUCUUCAGUCAUCACUCCUAAAGCCAUGCUGAGUUUUGCUACUGGAAACAAGGCCAUUUCCUACAAUGAGUGUGCCACUCAAAUGUUUUUCUUCUCUCUCUUUGGGACCACCGAAUGUUUUUUCCUUGCUGUGAUGGCGUAUGAUCGGUUCACUGCCAUCUGCAAUCCGCUGCUUUACAAUGUCACCAUGUCCAAGAAGACCUGCACACUUCUGGUGGCCAUUUCCUACUGUUUUGGCUUUAUCAAUUGUUGCACACAAACAAGCCUUUCAUUCAGCUUGUCCUACUGUGAGCCAGGGGAGAUCAACCAGUUCUUUUGUGAUGUCCCAGCAGUCAUGAAGGCCUCUUGCUCAGACACUUUUGUAAAUGAAAUGGUGCUUUUGGGGAUGUGUGGAUUUAUCAUUAUUAUCACCUCCACAACUGUCCUAAUCUCCUAUGGCUACAUAGUAGCCACAAUCCUGCGCAUACCUUCGGUGGAGGGGAGACACAAGGCUUUCUCAACCUGUACUUCUCAUAUCAUGGCUGUAGUCUUGUUCUUUGGGACAGCUUUCUUUAUGUACGGCCAACCUGGAGCUCUCGCUUCUCCUAACCAAGGUAAAGUGGUAUCUGUCUUCUACACUAUUGUCAUCCCAAUGUUGAACCCAUUAAUCUACAGCUUGAGGAACAAGGAGGUCAAAGAUGCCUUGGGAAGACUGUUGAAAAGGUUCGCUUUCACCCAGUAA